UUGUGUUUGCACCUCAACCACAGAGUACAUUAUUUAUACUGAGACCUCAACUUGUUUACAAUUUACAAGCAGAUAUAUUGAUAUAAUUGUUAAUAAAUUAUUAAUAAUGUACCGCACAUCACACACCCAAUUCGCAGCACUUGUAGAUUUUAUGGAAAGGAAUGGGGACCUGAACAACUGGCCUACCGCUGCCCCACAUGGCCGUUCAGCUGCUAUAAGCAAGUGGGAGGAGCUCAGCCGCGUCCUCAACUCAGAUGUCAGAGGCACGGCCAGGACAGUGGAGAAGUGGAAGAAGGUGUGGAGUGACUUUAAAAACAACACGAAGCGUAAGGCGGUAAAGAUCCAGCGAGCUGCCAGCGGUCCAGGAGGUGGUGUUCACACUCGUGCUCUGCUGACGGACCUGGAGAGGCGCGCGCUGAUCCUGGCCGGCGCCCCGGAACUUGGUGGAGAGGCAGCCAAGCUAUCGCUAGUAAUGCAAUGCUGCAUAACGCUGAUCCAGUCUCACGGUUCCGUAGUGGAGCAAAUUAUAGACGACCCGGCCUUUCAGAAGAUCUUGACACUCACUUCGCUCACUGCGGAGGAGCGGUGGCGAGUCACCUCCGAGGGAGUGAAAAGUAUGAUGGACGAGGAGGGAGAGGACUGCGAAGAGACGGAAACAAGCGAAGUGCAGGAAGAGGCAAAUGAGACUGAAACUGAAGAUCCAAUUCUAGCUGAAGACAUAAAGGAUGAGACAGGCGUCAUUCACUGGCAGUGUUCGUGCGACGAGAUCUCGGGCCGCCACGACGACGCGUGCGCCGCCGCCGCCGUCGACUAUCUCGAACACUAUCGGAUAUCAUUGGACGAGGCGACGUGUGCAAUAUGCGACGACACAUUCACUUGGAAGUCAGUGGCGGCCCUCAGGGAACAUCUGCAGAGAAAACACCCUGAAGUUACUGUCAUAGGAGAUCACGAUGACGCCGAAAUACCGAAUGCUCCGCCGUCACCGCCAAGCAUUGAACUAACGAAGGUCGACCCAUUGGGCGAAAUCCCGCCAGCCAAUAAGAAACGCAAAUUCGAUCCCGCCGCAGACAACGAACCAAUCAUAACACAGCAUGACGUUUCCUCAUUGGACAGAUUCAAGAGCAUAGAACAUCCUCAAGAGUUAAAAAGUCUCGACCAAUUCGGCCUCUACGUAGCCUCGUUGCUGAAACUGCUGCCCAGGAAGAGGUGCAUCAAGUAUCAGAACCAGAUAGUGGACAGGCUGUUGAAGGACCUGGCGGCCGCCGCUUAGUCCAGGCUCUCCGGUUGUUGACACAAGAUUCACUCUGUUACCUCAAACAAGUUUAAACCUUGUUUAAUGGAAGUUUGUCAAGGAAUUUGACAGAACGUGAUUUGAAUCAACUCUGUACAUUGUGUACAUUUGGUGAUUUUAUUGAUUACCUAUGGAAGAUUUGAGUGCAAGAUGAUCAAAGGCUAUCAAGUGCCAAUGUUAAUUUGAUAUAUAAAUAAGGUUAUAAUAGCAUUUAUUAUUGCAACAUGCAAUUUGACAUAGCUAAAAUGCCAAAUAAAAUUUUUGGUAUAAAAAACCUUAA